AUGAAGUCGCCAAUUCCCGACUACCUCAACGUCGUCCUGGAUAAAGUCCGACCAAUCGAAGAUGGCCAACCCGCCCAGUACAUCAAGACGCUCAGAGAAGCAGACACGUCAAAGCUAGCCGUGGCACUUGUUAUGGUAGAUGGCAAUGUCUACUCAGCCGGUGACGACAAAGUCGAGUUCUCGAUCCAGUCCAUCUCCAAAGCAUUCGUUUACGCCAUUGCAAUUGAGGAUGCCGGGCUACAGCACGUUCUUGAAAGGAUCGGUGUUGAACCUAGUGGCGAUGCUUUCAACAAACUAUCGUUGCAUAAGGGCAGUAAUCGGCCUAUGAACCCUAUGAUCAAUGCUGGGGCCAUAACGGCGCAUUCGCUCGUAUGUCAUCCAAACGCUUUAGCGGAGGAACGGACAGAUCGAAUCUUGCAAAUCAUGUCUCGGCUAGCGGGCAGACAGCUUCACGUCGAUGAGGAGGUCUACGAAGCUGAAAUGCAAGAUGCUGACCGUAAUAUGGGCAUUGGCUAUAUGCUCAAAGCAGCAGGCAUCAUAUCAUGCAGGCCAGCGGAGGUGGUCAAGGGCUACAUACGCCAGUGCUCUAUUAACGUCAACGUCCGCGAUCUCGCCAUGAUGGCGGCAACGCUUUCCAACGCCGGCAUCAAUCCCGUCACUGGCGAAACGAUCAUGCCGACUGACAGCGUUCGUCAAGUUCUGUCGGUCAUGACGACUUGUGGGAUGUACGAUGCUGCUGGUCAGUGGGUGUCCCAGGUCGGCAUCCCUGCAAAGAGCGGUGUCGCAGGCGGCGUAAUGGGUGCUUUGCCUGGACAAGUCGGCAUUGCUGCCUUCUCACCUAAGCUGAGUGAGAAUGGCAACAGUGUGCGUGCGGUGGCCAUCUUCGAACAGCUGUCACGCGACAUGGGCUUCCACAUGAUGGAUGUUAGCCAAAUAGCCAGGGCCAGCGUGAGUACCUCUGUGGCCAAGAUCGUGGCAGGCAAAUCAGAACCGCAUCACCCGAAUUGCGAUCGGCAAGUGGUCAUCUUUGCUCUGCGAGGAGCCGUGCGCUUCGCUGGCUCAGAGCGUCUCACGAGGGCCAUUGUGCGGGAGCUUGGAGAUCCAGAUCCCAAAGAUCCUGGGUCUGGAGAGCAUGCAGACGCUUGUGCUGUGGUAAUUUCGUUGCGAGAUGCGUUUUCUCUUAAUCCUGUAGCUCGACGGGUCAUUCAAGAAAGUAUUAAACGUCUGCUUGGGGAGGGCAAGACCGUUGUGGUGAUAGAUCCAAGCAGCGUCUUGCGGAUGGAUCUGAGCAGCAUUCCGGGAUCUCAGCAGCCGCAGAUUGUCGAUAAUCAGACGCAGGCGAGGGAAUUCAUAGGAGGGACAGGCUGUUCAGCGGUCAGUCAGUCAGAUCAUUGGUAG